CCCUACCUCACCCCUUGUGGUCGUUUCUCAGUGAAUGGAGAGACAUGGGUGCGAGUGGAGCACCGGAUUUCUACUACAAGGAGGCUCAACGCCUUGGCUACGUGGCUCGCUCCGCCUUCAAGCUGCUUCAAAUUCAGAAGCACAGCAACAUCAUCAAGUCCGGCUCCUCUGUUCUUGACCUUGGUUGCGCUCCCGGUUCAUGGCUUCAGGUCGCUUGUCAGAGCCUGGGUCCACUCCAGCACGGUGGCUCCGUCCUCGGCAUCGACGUUAAGAAGGUCAAGGUUCCCCCUGUUCACUGCGAUUCAAGGGUCCACACCAUUGCCGCUGAUGUUAUGACCCUCUCCAAACACCAGCUCCGAGCUCUCUCUCCCAAGCAAAAAGGGUUUUCUGUGAUACUUUCAGACAUGUGUCCAUCGGUUUCUGGAGUCACAACUAAAGAUGCGGCUUUGUCAGUUGAGCUAGGAAUGCGAGCAUUGGAUUUGGCUGUCGGCAGUGCUGCUUCUUCUGUUCAAGCUUCAGCUGAUGAUGAUGAUUAUAUUCGGGAGGAGCAAAGUGUUGAUGAUCCAUCUGGUUCAGAUGAUAAGGGAGUCUUGCGAGUUGGAGGGAACCUUAUUAUAAAGCUUUUGGAGAGUGAAGAUUCCAAAGAAAUCAGUCAGAUUUGUAAACCAUUAUUUAGAAAGUCAUCGUGGCUGAGGCCUAAAGCCACAAGGCCUUCAUCAAGAGAGAUCUAUUUGAUAUGUCAAGGUUUAAAGCCAGACGCAAAGACAUAGGUUGUUUUAUACGAUAUUCUUUGUCUGGGUGAACAUUAGGGAUGAACAGCAUACAAAAUUUUGUAAGUUUUAACCACAAUUUAAAAGUCGUUUACUUUGUACAAUGUAUGCUGUGUAAUUGUGAAAUUGAUUAUUUUCUUGUCUA